UGUGUUUGUGAGAAACCGAGAGAGGAGGAAUGGGAAAAGACGAGGAAGAAAUGAGAGGAGAGAUAGAGGAAAGGCUGAUAAAUGAAGAAUACAAGAUCUGGAAGAAGAACACUCCCUUUUUGUAUGAUCUAGUGAUCACCCACGCUCUUGAAUGGCCUUCUCUUACUGUUGAGUGGCUGCCUGACAGAGAGGAGCCGCCUGACAAAGACUAUUCUGUUCAGAAAAUGAUCCUAGGAACCCACACUUCCGAGAAUGAGCCCAAUUAUCUUAUGCUUGCCCAGGUCCAGCUUCCUCUUGAUGAUUCCGAGAAUGAUGCCCGCAACUAUGAUGAUGACCGCUCUGAUUUUGGUGGAUUUGGAUGCGCUAAUGGCAAAGUUCAAAUUAUUCAGCAAAUUAACCAUGAUGGAGAGGUUAAUCGGGCCCGUUAUAUGCCUCAAAACCCAUUUAUUAUUGCAACCAAGACUGUUAGUGCCGAGGUCUAUGUCUUUGAUUAUAGCAAACACCCAUCUAAGCCUCCUCUGGAUGGUGCAUGUAGUCCUGAUUUAAGGCUCAGAGGCCACACCACUGAAGGUUACGGUUUAUCUUGGAGCAAGUUCAAGCAGGGUCAUUUGCUCAGUGGUUCUGAUGAUGCCCAAAUAUGUUUGUGGGAUAUUAAUGCAACGCCUAAGAAUAAAGCCCUUGAGGCUACACAGAUUUUUAAGGUUCAUGAAGGGGUUGUCGAAGAUGUAGCAUGGCAUCUGAGACAUGAAUACUUAUUUGGUUCUGUUGGGGAUGAUCAAUACCUUCUUAUAUGGGAUCUACGGACACCAUCAGUCAGCAAGCCCGUCCAAUCUGUUGUUGCUCACCAGAGUGAGGUGAACUGCCUAGCUUUCAAUCCAUUUAAUGAGUGGAUUUUAGCAACAGGGUCUACAGAUAAGACGGUUAAGUUAUUUGAUCUGCGCAAAAUUAGUACUGCACUCCACACAUUUGAUAGUCACAAAGAAGAGGUUUUUCAAGUUGGGUGGAAUCCAAAGAAUGAGACUAUCUUAGCUUCUUGUUGUCUGGGUAGAAGGCUUAUGGUUUGGGACCUCAGCAGGAUUGAUGAGGAGCAGACACCAGAGGAUGCAGAAGAUGGUCCGCCAGAGUUGCUUUUCAUUCAUGGUGGUCACACGAGUAAAAUUUCAGAUUUCUCAUGGAAUCCAUGUGAAGAUUGGGUUAUUGCCAGUGUUGCGGAGGAUAACAUUCUGCAAAUUUGGCAGAUGGCAGAGAACAUUUACCAUGAUGAAGAUGAUUUACCUGGAGAUGAACCCACAAAAGGGUCUUAAUCUAGCGAAAGAGAUUGUCAUUUGUAGAAGAGUAGUUUU